GUCCUCCAUGAAAAAGCAUUGCAGUACGGCGCACGCACACUGCAAGAAUAUCAAAACGCAACAAAAAUAUCACCGCCUCAGCAGUUCUUUUGCCUCCACUCAUAUUCCUGUGAAAAUUUCUCCCAACCCAAGAUUUCCGCUCGAGAACUGAAGUAAAAGCCCUACCAUUCUCUGGUUGUCGUAGGAAAAAAAAAAUUAAGCACUAAGAUUUUCAUGCAGUUGAAAUAUGGCACAUGAUACACGAUCUAGUCGGAAAAUCAAGGAUGAUGAGAAUAACAAUUCAAACGGGAGGCAAAUUAGUAGUAAAGGAUUAAGUACUUCAGGUUCUGGAGCAUCAGAUACAUCUGGCUUAAGGAGGUCUUCCAGAGAAACAUCAUUGAAGAAAAACAUAACUCUGAGCCCUUCUAGUACUAGGAAGUCUGAAAGACUUGAGAAAAAAAUGCCUGAAACUCCUCUAUUCAAGAGGAAAUCUGAGAGAUUUGAGAAGAAGUUGACUCCAAGUCCUUUGAGGAGAUCAGAUAGAGCCAAGAAUCACUCAUCAACUUCUUCUGGGUCUAAAAGAUCUGAUAAAAGCUCAGGUUCAUCAUUGGCAAAGCGGAAAACGGAAAAGAAAGAGAAGAGUGUGAAAGAAUUGACAUUGGGUACUAGAGAAGUUAGCAAAAGUGAGAAACAGAAUGUAGGACCUUGUCAUGGAAAAAAUAAGAUAAGAAAUGCUCGAGCUUAUAAGAAACUCUUCACAAAACUUAGAAAGAAGCUUCAAGCACGAGAUCAUAGCGAGAAGCAGAGCAGGCAGAAUAAAGUCUCUCAGGGAGGUAGCAAUGCUUGUGGAAGUGAGAUUGAGGGGCUUGGUAAAGGCGUUGAGGAACUGAAUGAAGAAUUUGUUGGGAGAGUUCAUGAUGGAUCUUUGGUGGGAUCUGAUUCCAAUGUAAAUAAAUUAACAAAAGAAACAUGGGAAGAUAAUCCCGGAGUGGAUUUGUCCCAUUCAAGCCCUAGGCCUAGCUGCUUGGAGGAAGCUUCUAAGUUCAAAGAUGGUGAUGGCUUAGAAAUUCGUGAUCAACGCCCACUGUCAUCAUCUUAUAAUGCCAUGACGGAAGAGCUCAAUGAUGCACCUAAAAGGGUACAUGUAGAAUGCUCUGCAAUGGAAAAGUUGAAGAUGCCAGAGUUGACAUGUUCUACAUUCAAUGAAAGGUUACAUGAUGUCUUCAUUGCCUCAGAAAUUGGUCACAGGGUCAUACCUUCAAAGAGGAAAAGGAACGUGGCAGUGGGGGAUUCUGAUUCUCCAGUUAAUGCAAGUAAAGAUGUCUGCACCUUGACUGCUGAUGCUGUCUCUUUGUUGCCAUCUGGGUCCACAGAAGAUGUUUCUGUUGAGACGUGCGGUGCAUGUUUUAAGCGACAAAGGUAUUGCUAUUCACAACAAAGUAGUCUUUUCAUCUCCUUUUCUGCUGGUAGUGGUUUCCAAAAGAAUUUACAUCAACCAUUGAAUUAA